AUGACUUCUUCCACCACUACUGCCAGCUCUACUGCCAGCUCUACUGCCAGCUCUACUGCCAAGGCUUCCUCUUCAUCUUCCUCUCUCUUACGUAAAAUACAACACUGGAGUGGAAUUGCCUUCUCCGUCUUUGUUUCUCUUCAUGUGAUGACCACCAUGUCUGCUUCCCUUUCACCCUCUCAAUAUGAUUCAGUAUUGAAUGCCACUCGAAAAUGGUAUCGACCCUCCAUGGCCAUUGAAGGUUUGGUUGUGUUUGCUCCAUUGGCUCUCCAUAUGAUUGCCAAUACAUUGAUUACUCUUACAACAAAGAAGACUGAAAGUUCUCCAUCCUCCUCCUCCUUGUGGAAGAAACUCCAUACCUAUUCUGGAUAUGCUCUAGGUGGAUUAGUUCCCUUGCACAUCUUCGGAACUCGAUUUAUGCAUUCGUAUGCCCAAGAAUUUGCUUCCUUGAAUUUUGUGUUGGAAAAGGAAAUGGGAUUGGUUGCUGGAAUGAGUUAUUUCGUCUUGUUAUUGAGUGCAGGUGUGUAUCACUCCUUGUAUGGAUUGAAUAUUGCGUUGGGAUACAAGAUGAAACGACCAUUGGUGUUGGCUUGUAUUGUUGGUGUGUUGGCUGCUGGAUAUUUUGGAUUGUUGGGAUUUGCUGGAUAUUUGUAUCCUGAAAUGAUGGUUGCAGUUCGGGAAAAACAUUCUCAAUUUGCUCAUUAA